AUGUCAAGACCGAUACUGCGAGAUCAGCAGACCACUACAUUUGACUGCAUUCCGAUCUUGACACACAACAUGCAGGGCAUGACAUCGGGACUCCCUCAGGGCCGACUUCAGAGUUUCCAGUGGGAUCUAAAAGCGUGUCUUUCCGACGAAGUGGUUCUCUUCAUCAACAAUUUCUUAGAGACCCAAAAGAACAUCACUACAAUCUCUCUUAUCACUGAUAACGACUGUACUGUAGCCAAAAUCAAACAAGCGUCAUGCACCAUAAAUCUUGCCCAGCUUUCUAAGCUCCAAUCCCUAUCCUGGAGAGGUCUCAAGCGCUUUGUUGAUUUCGAGUCUGUUAGACAGUUUAUCGCUGCACAUGGAGCUCAAUUGAAGGCACUGCACCUCGAUCUCAUCGGCUGGGACAGCGCUAGACUGGCCUGGGAAGAAGGUUUUCGAAUACUGCCCAUUCCCAAUAUAUGGAUGCCACGGAACUUCUUUGCGCAAUGCGUGCUUGGUCUUCCAUGUAUAGAAAGACCGAUCCCCCUUCUCACAGCUCUUGAACGCCUGACUCUCUCCCAGGUAUCUUUCAGCCCCAUGAAGGUCCAAUUAGUCGGUGCUCUGAACGUAGAGCGACUCCAAGCAUUGCAACUCAUCAACUGCCCUGGAACAUUUAGCUUCCUUCGCGAGAUCGUCCGCUCACGCGUGCCUCUAAGGCUGAAACUGCUCGAGUUGACAUUCAACCCGGAGAAGCUGAACCAAAUAACCGACGAGUCACAGGAUAAUGUCACCAACACCGUGAAAACCUUCCUGAAGGCUUUUUCCGGCUUAACUGACCUCUAUCUUAUGCUCCCAGCAGUCUCCUGGGACGACAUAUGUGGCAGCAUGUUGCAUCACAAGCCCACACUGAAACGCCUCGUCACGCACUCGCUCGUGAGUGCAGAUUACGGCCACUACGGAGACGGAGAUCUGUUUGGGUCGGUUGAAUUCCGACCCAGCAUAUCCCACGAUCCAGGGUUGGAAUUUCUCGGAGUCUCGACAUGUAUCGAGGAUAUGUGUACAUUUGCGGGCGACCACAGUCUCAGCACCACUAUCAAAGUACUUCAUAUCAGAGCAAGUCGGCACUGGUUGCACGAACAUAAACCAGAGAAUUCUGUAGCCCAUGAUGUUCUGCCUUCCUACGCCGAAUGGGCUUUUGGGCGCGAAGGAUACUUGCAUCUGCAGGUCUUGGCUUACGGGGAUUUCUCUCACGACGGAUGUUACAACGAGUAUAAUCUCCUUUGGUGCAGGACAGGCCUUCAUGGUUUCAAGUUAUUAACCCCUUCUGAUGCGAAGUUUUGGGAUCUGGUGGAGGAAUACAAGGAUGUUUUGGAGGCUUGUGCGUUCGAUGAGUUGUUUCUUGAGAAGGGAGUGCCUUGAUGAUUGCUAGUUUUCACUUUCCUG